AUGCCCUCGCUUACCCAAGACGCCAUCAAGCGAGGCAUACACUACCAUCCGGCCACGAUUAAUGCUAAGGAUUGCCCGUUCGCCGUGAUGGAGAGUGGUGCAAUAGUUAUGGUGAGUGGCGUUGCCCUGGCACACCAGGGGUACGCUAAGUCCAAGGACAAGGGGAUCGUGGGAAGUCUUCAAGCGAGACUGUUGACUUUGCUGGCGUACCUCAAUUCGCACUUGGCGGGCGGCGAGGCAAAUGGGACUCGCAAUUGGGUGGCAGGGGAGGGGCGGGGCAAGUUGACUGGAGCAGAUGUGCUCAUCUGGCCGUGA